AUGGCUUCAGAGGACCUGCCCCCAAACAUCGACGCGAGUUCCGAGCUGUCCGAGUCUGUUCCGGCCAGCGGCUACAUCACACCGCUCGAGCCUGCGAAGCCCCUCGACCCAAAGCAGGUGAAGCGGUUUGCCUUUCUGCUGAGCCAGACCGAUGUGUUCUCGCACUUCAUCCAGGAUUUCAUCCAGGACGACAAUCUGAAGGCAGAGAUCAAGCGGCAGCUGGACACCAAAGCGGCCAAGGCGGCACAGGGCAAUGUGUCGCGGCGGCACCGCAAGACGGAGAAGGAGGAGGAUGCUGAGCUGCUGCGCGAGUCUUCGCCUGAGGAGGAGAUGAAGGUGCAGCAGACGUUCACCGGAAUCGCCGACAUGCGCGACUACCAGCUGCGCGGCUUGAAUUGGAUGAUCUCGCUGUUUGAGAACGGGAUCAACGGGAUCCUGGCCGACGAGAUGGGUCUGGGCAAGACACUGCAGGUGAUUUCGUUCAUUGGGUACCUGAAGCACUUCCGCGGGAUGCGCGGCCCCCAUCUGGUCGUGGUGCCCAAGUCGACGCUGCACAACUGGAAGGCCGAGUUUAACCGCUGGGUCCCUGAUCUGGACGUGUUUUUGCUGCACGGCGACAAGCACGCGCGUGCCCAGAUCUUUGACGAGCACCUGAACCCCAACACGUUCAACUGCUGCAUCACCACGUACGAGAUGUGCCUGAUCUGCAAGACCCAGCUGCGCAAGGUCGACUGGCAGUACAUCAUCAUCGACGAGGCACACCGUCUCAAGAACGAAAACUCGAUGCUGUCCAAGCUGGUGCGUCUGUUCUCGUCGCAGAACCGGCUGCUGAUCACAGGCACGCCACUGCAGAACAACCUGCACGAGCUGUGGGCACUACUGAACUUUUUGCUGCCCGACGUCUUUGGUUCGUCGGACGUCUUCGACGACUGGUUCCAGAAGGGCGAGGGGGAUCAGGAGCAUGUCAUGCAGCAGCUGCACAAGGUGCUGCAGCCGUUCCUGCUACGCCGUGUCAAGAGCGAUGUCGAGCACUCGCUGCUGCCCAAGAAGGAGGUUAACCUCUACGUUGGUCUGACGCCGAUGCAGCGCACCUGGUAUAAGCGUAUUCUGGAGCGCGACAUUGCAGCCAUCAACGGCGCGAUGGGCAAGAAGGAGGGCAAGACGCGGCUGCUCAAUAUCGUGAUGCAGCUGCGCAAGUGCUGUAACCACCCGUACCUAUUUGACGGCGCUGAGCCUGGACCACCGUAUACCACUGACGAGCACCUGGUGUAUAAUUCGUCAAAGAUGGAGGUACUGGACAAGCUCCUGAAGAAGAUGCAGGCGCAGGGCUCGCGUGUGCUGAUUUUCAGCCAGAUGAGCCGCAUGCUUGACAUUCUCGAGGAUUACUGCAUGUUCCGCGGCUACAAGUACUGUCGUCUGGACGGAUCCACCGACCACGAGGACCGCGUUGCGUCAAUUGACGAGUUCAGCCGGCCGGGCAGCGACAAGUUCAUCUUCCUGCUGACAACGCGUGCUGGUGGGCUGGGCAUCACGCUGACGGCUGCCGACACUGUGUGCAUCUAUGACAGCGACUGGAACCCGCAAGCUGACCUGCAGGCCAUGGAUCGUGCUCACCGCAUUGGGCAGACCAAGCAGGUGUACGUGUAUCGAUUCAUUACCGAGAACACAGUCGAGGAGAAGGUUCUGGAGAAGGCGAUGCAGAAGCUGCGCCUCGAUCAGCUUGUGAUCCAGCAGGGGCGCCUGGCGCAGGCCACCAAGGGAGCCACGCGCGAGCAGCUGCUGGACAUGGUGCAGUUUGGUGCUGAGGGCAUUCUGAAGAGCGGUGAGGUCGAGGACGAUAGCAACUUUGAUAUCGACGACAUUCUGCGGCAGGGCGAGUCAAAGACGCUGGAGCUGCAGAGCAAGUACGCCGACAUGGGGCUGGACGACCUGAACAAGUUUGCCAACGAGUCAACAUCGACGACCCAGUGGGAGGGCGAGGACUAUGCGCAGAAGCGCAAGGCUGCGGAUAUCGCGCAGCUGUGGAUCCAGCCUGCCAAGCGCGAGCGCAAGGUCAACUAUGCAGUCGACGACUACUACCGCGAGGCGCUGAGGCAGAGCACCUCGCGCUCAAACAACGCGCCCAAGGCCCCGCGCCCGCCCAAGCAGAUGCACAUCCACGACUUCCAAUUCUAUCCGGAUCGGCUGCACGAGCUGCUGGAGAAGGAGCUGCUGGCGUACCGCCGCGCAAUCGGCUACAAGGUGCCCAAGCAGGACUCGUCCGACGACGCGUCCAGUGAGGCGGUGCGCAGGCAGGAGCAGGCCAAGAUCGAUGCUGCCGAACCGCUGACUGAGGAGGAGGUCCAGGAGAAGGAGCAGCUGGCAAACCAGGGCUUUGGCAACUGGAACCGGCGCGACUUCUAUGGCUUCAUGCGGGCAGUGGAGACACACGGGCGCGGGCACAUGGAGAUGGUGGCCAGCGACGUCGAAGGCAAGACGCCCGAGGAGGUGCGGGCGUACGCCAAGGCAUUCUUCAAGCACUACCGCAAGCUGCCCGAGGCCGACCGUCUGACAGCGCAGAUCGAGAAGGGCGAGCAGAAGCGUGCGCGGCGCAACGAGAUCCAGCAGCUGCUGGACGCCAAGCUGAGCGAGUGCAAGCUGGACCCGGUGCGCCAUAUCCAGAUCCCGUACAGCUCGGGUGGCUCAACGGCGCGUGGGCGUGUGUAUACCGAGGAGGAGGACCGGUUCAUCAUUGUGCAGCUGGCCAAGCUGGGCGUGGGCACUGAGGACGUCUACGAAAAAAUCAGGCAGGAGGUGCGCGGGUGCCCGAUGUUCCGCUUUGACUGGUUCAUCAAGAGCCGCAACACGCACGAGAUCCAGCGCCGGUGCCAGACGCUGAUCGGCCUGCUGCAGAAGGAGGCCCAUGGCAACCGCAACGGCGCCAGCAAUGGCACGAACACGCCAGCGGCCGGCACCGACAUUGAGUGA